AUGGGAGGCGGUGGGUCGGCCCUGAGGGUCUGCGCAGAUCACCAAGGCGGCAUCAACUGGCUCAGCCUGAGCCCCGACGGGCAGCGCCUGCUGACUGGCAGCGAGGACGGCACAGCCCGACUCUGGAGCACCGCGGACGGCCAGUGCUGCGCCCUCUUCCAAGGACAUGAAAGCUAUGUGACCUUCUGCCAGCUGGAGAGCGAGGCUGCCUUCACAUGCAGUGCUGACCACACCAUCAGGAAGUGGGACGUGCUGACUGGCCAGUGUCUGUCCAUUUACCGAGGACACACGUCCAUCGUGAAUAGGAUACUAGUGGUCAACAACCAGCUCUUCAGCAGCUCCUACGACCGGACAGCUCGCUGCUGGAGUGUAGAUGAGGGGCAGAUGUUACAGGAGUUCCGAGGCCACCACAACUGCGUACUGACUCUGGCCUACUCUGCCUCCCUGGAUCUCCAUGGCACUCCUUAUGAACGGGACGAGAACGUAGCUGCAGGGCUGCUGGUGACAGGCAGCACUGAUGGCACAGCCAAGGUGUGGCAGGUGGCCAGUGGCUGUUGCCACCAGACACUACGUGGCCACACAGGUGCUGUGCUGUGCCUGGCGCUAGACACACCCAGCCACACAGCCUUCACAGGCAGCACCGAUGCCACCGUCCGUGCCUGGGACAUCCUGAGUGGGGAGCAGCUGCGGGUGUUCAGGGAGCACCAGGGCUCUGUCAUCUGUCUGGAGCUGGUGAACCGGCAUGUGUACUCGGGCAGCGCCGACAAGACGGUCAAGUGCUGGCUGGCAGACACGGGUGAACACGUGCAUACCUUCAAGGCCCACAGACACAGCGUGAGCACCCUCAAGUACCACGCAGGCACCUUGUUCACAGGCAGCGGGGAUGCCUGCGCCCGCGCCUUUAACGCCCAGUCUGGAGUGCUGCAAAGGGUGUUUCGUGGCCACGCCUUCGUCAUCAACUGCAUCCAGGUGCAUGAGCAGGUGCUCUACACGGCUUCCCACGACGGCUCGCUGCGCCUCUGGGACGUGCGCGGGCUCCGCAAAGCCAGCCCGCGCCGUGCCGUCCCCAAACGGAGCUGCUCGAAGCGCUUCAACAACAGGGUGGGCUGCGCGGCAGCGGUGCCUGGGCGGGUCCCCACCUGA